AUGUUUAACAAAUUUGUGGCAGGUCUCGUCACAAACCACUUGGGGAACUACUUUGAGAAUGUGAACAGGGAGCAGGUGAAGGUGUCCUUGUGGAGUGGGCAUGUGAAGCUGACGAAUUUGCGCUUCCGUAGGGACGCUUUGCGGGCGUUUGAUACGGCCGUUUGCGUCAAGGAGGGAUUCAUUGAAGAAAUGACCGUGACCAUUCCAUGGACGCGGUUACUGUCGCAGUGCGUGGUGGUGGCAGUACAAAAGGUGCGCGUGGUGCUGCAGCAAAAGACUGCGGCAGGGUAUGACCCGGAACGUGAAAAACAAGAGGUAUAUGAACGCAAGCUGCAUCAACUAAACUUGUUUGAGGAGCUGUUGCAACAAGAACUAGCAGAGGAGGAAACGACGGCCCAGACCGCUUCCUCAACCCACGACAAAGUUUCUACAGAGGGCGUAGCACAGGAAGAGGAAGAGGAAGAGGCGUAUGUGGAAGCUCAGAAGGACGUAACUUUUGCAGCACGUUUAAAGGCUGUCAUACUAAACAAUGUUCAACUGAUGUUUAAGGAUAUCGUUGUGGAGUAUGAAGGUUGCUAUGCCUCUAGGGGGAGGCGUGGACACAGGAGAGGGCCAAUGUGUGGGCCAAGACUACCAUUCUGUUGCUAUUGUGUUGGAUUGUUUUCAGACGUAUGCGUGUGA